GCGCCCGCCGCCGCGCCCACCCCGCUGCUGCCCGGCGCCGCCGCCGUCAAGAUGGAGCCCGAGAACAAGUAUCUGCCCGAGCUUAUGGCUGAGAAGGACAGCCUCGACCCGUCCUUCACGCACGCCAUGCAGCUCCUCACGGCAGAAAUUGAAAAAAUUCAGAAGGGUGAAACGAAGAAGGAUGAGGAGGAGAACUACCUGGAUUUGUUUUCCCACAAGAACAUGAAGCUGAAAGAACGAGUUCUGAUACCUGUCAAACAGUACCCCAAGUUUAACUUUGUUGGGAAGAUUCUGGGACCUCAAGGCAACACUAUCAAGAGACUUCAGGAAGAAACUGGUGCAAAGAUCUCUGUGCUUGGAAAAGGUUCAAUGAGAGACAAAGCAAAGGAGGAAGAUCUGCGCAAAGGGGGAGAUCCCAAAUAUGCUCAUUUAAAUAUGGAUCUGCAUGUUUUCAUUGAAGUCUUUGGACCCCCUUGUGAGGCCUAUGCACUCAUGGCACAUGCCAUGGAAGAGGUCAAGAAAUUCCUUGUUCCGGAUAUGAUGGAUGAUAUCUGCCAGGAGCAGUUUCUGGAGCUGUCCUAUCUGAAUGGUGUGCCAGAGCCAGCACGUGGUCGAGGGGUCCCUGUGAGAGGAAGAGGAGCAGCUCCCCCUCCUCCUCCACCUGUUCCCAGGGGGCGUGGUGUUGGUCCUCCUCCACCUCCUCCUCGUGGUGCCCUGGUGCGAGGAGCCCCGGUAAGAGGUGCCAUAGCCAGAGGAGCUACGGUGGCCCGGGGUGUACCCCCUCCACCAGCUGUAAGGGGUGCCCCUGCACCAAGAGCUCGUGCUGCAGGCAUCCAGAGAAUACCGCUGCCUCCUCCCCCGGCACCAGAAACCUACGAAGAAUAUGGCUAUGAUGAUGCUUAUGCUGAUCAGAGUUACGAGGGUUACGAAGGUUACUACAGCCAGGGCCAAGGGGAUACAGAAUACUAUGAUUAUGGACACGGGGAGGCACAAGAAUCCUAUGAAGCUUACGGCCAAGAUGACUGGAAUGGGACAAGGCCCUCCUUGAAGGCCCCGCCGGCUAGGCCAGUGAAAGGGGCCUACAGAGAGCACCCCUACGGACGCUAUUAAAACAAACAUGAGGGAAAAAUAUCAGUUAUGAGCAAACAGUUGUUACUGAUUCUUGUAUCUCCCAGGAUUCCUGUUGCUUUGCCCACACCAGACAAGUAAUUGUCUAACUGUUUUUCUUCGUGGCCCUCUUUUUCUCCCACUCCAUCCUCACCCCGCAUUCUGGCUUCUGUACGUAGUAUUUUAAAAUGAGUUAAAUAGAUUUAGAAGACCGACUUUAAUUUUUUUAAGUGUGUAGACUGCUUUUCUUUCUCUGUUGUUUAGAUAUUAAAAAAAAAAAAAAACUGUACUUUUUUUAAUACAAAAAAGUUGAGUUAAAAAAAAAAAUGUUAGUUUCCAAAGUGACAUGCUUGCUUAACAGUUAUGAAGUUAAGGUUUUUGUUAACCUUUUAAGUUUGGUUUUUAAGCAACCCGUAAAAAUUGUAGUUGCAGAAUCCCAAAGUAGGCUACAUUUCAAAAUUCAGGGCUGUUUUUAAGAAGUUAAAAUCAUAAUGUAACGGUAGUGGCUGCCACCGUUUAAAAAUAAAUUCAGAUAUCAAACUUUCCUUAAAAGCAGAUGGCUGGUGACUCUUUAAGUUUAAAUUUUAAUACAAAGGAUCCUCAUAACAAAUUAAAUAGCCUUUUUUUUUUAAGUUAAUUGACCUAAAAGGAAUUAGGUUUGUUAAAUUGACUUUUCUUAUGUGGGUUUUGAAAUCUAGCCCCGAAUGUGCAGUGUUGAGAGACGCUUGGGAAUCAGGUUUUUCCAGUGAGGGGUUCUUACCUUGGUUCUGCGUGGAGAACUUCUUAAGGAAAGAGCAAAUUAUGACUCCACGGCUCUGUCUUAAUUGCCCAGCGUUGGAAAUUAGGAAGCAAAGUAUUAAAUGAAUAGCUCCGAGUUCUGUAAAACUUACAGACUUCUUAUCCGAGGGCGUUUGGGGCAGGUCGCGCAGCGCAAGCUUUUUAAAAUUGGCAGAGCUGUUGAUAUUUAGCAAUCCUAGCUACUUGUUCAAGUGCAUCUCAACACUAGCUUUACAUAAAAAGGGACACUGCAGCUGAAAAAUGAGGAAAAAGUUCACUUUGUACAUAGGUUAAAGUCCUAAUGGGAUUUGUACACUGUCCUCCCACAUUGUUCUUGAAGAUUAAAUGCUACAUGUGUAAGUCUGCCUAAAUAGGUAGCUAAAACUUGUCAAAAUGUCUGCAGCAGUUUGUCAAUAAAGUUUAGUCCUUUUUUAAUCAAA